AUGGCCCUGGAAGAGAAAAACAAACGGAAGAAAAAGAGGAGUGCGCGGGAGGGAGAGAACCCGGAGGACGGCGCUUGUGGGAAUCUGGCAGGAGACUAUGAGGUUGGACAAGUCGCCAGUAGUUUAUUCCACGGCAAGCGGCCCUCCAGAGGCAGCACGGGUCGGCUGGCUUCCCUCUUCGGCUCUUUGGAGCCUCAGCUUCAACCCGUGUAUGUGCCUGUGCCUGAAGAAACCACCAAAAAAAGGAAACGGGAUGAGGAGGAAGAAAGUUCAUCCCAAAUCCAAAGACCGCUUUUGCAAGAACCUGCCAAAAAAAUGAAACUGAAGAAGAAACUUUCUGAUGCAGACCGAAAGUUGGCAAACAG